GGGAGUGACUAUGAGCGGCGGCUAAAUCAGAGCCUGAGCGAGAGCUUCUUCAUGGUGAAGGGUGCUGCCCUCUUCCUGCAGCAGGGCAGCAGUCCUCAGGGCCAGAAAGCACAUCCCCACCACAAACAUGCAGGAGACUUACCUCAGCACCUGCAGGUGAUGAUCAACAUUCUUCGCUUGGAGGACCGAAUCAAACUGGCGGUGAGGUUGGAGAGUGCCUGGUCAGACAGAGUGCGUUACAUGGUGGUGGUGUACACCAGCGGACGACAGGACACAGAGGAGAACAUCCUGCUGGGCAUAGACUUCAGCAACAAGGACAGCAAAAGCUGCUCCGUUGGCAUGGUGCUGCCUCUGUGGAGUGACACCAAGAUCCAUCUGGAUGGAGACGGGGGUUUCAGUGUGAACACAGUGAGCCGGAAUCAUGUCUUCAAACCUGUGUCUGUACAGGCCAUGUGGUCGGCUUUGCAGAUCCUCCACAAGGUGUGUGAGGUGUCCCGCAGGUACAACUACUUCCCUGGGGGCAUGGCCCUUACCUGGAUGGGCUUUUAUGAGAGCUGCAUCGCCUCGGAGCAGAGCUGCAUCAAUGAGUGGAAUGCCAUGAGAGACCUGGAGACCUUGAGGCCUGACUCCCCCACCAUUUUUGUUGACAAGCCCACAGAGAGGGAGCGGACCGAGUGCCUUAUCAAAGCCAAACUCCGAAGCAUCAUGAUGUUCCAGGAUCUGGAGAAUGUCACCUCUAAACAGAUCCGAACAAAGCUGGAGCAGCAUAUGAGCUGUAACCUGAUGCAGUACAAGGAGUUCAUUGACAAUGAGAUGCUGCUGAUCCUGGGCCAGAUGGACAAGGCAACACUCAUCUUUGACCACCUCUACUUGGGAUCUGAAUGGAAUGCCUCCAAUCUGGAGGAGCUUCAGGACACUGGGGUGGGCUAUAUCCUCAACGUCACCAGGGAGAUAGAUAACUUCUUCCCAGGAACAUUCUCCUACCACAACAUACGGGUCUAUGACGAGGAGACUACAGACCUGCUGGCCCACUGGAACGAGACUUACAACUUCAUUGUUAAAGCAAAGAAGAACCACUCCAAGUGUCUGGUCCACUGUAAGAUGGGCGUCAGCCGCUCGGCCUCCACCGUUAUUGCCUACGCCAUGAAGGAGUAUGGUUGGUCGCUGGAGAAGGCCUACAACUUUGUCAAGCAGAAGAGAAGCAUCACACGGCCCAACGCAGGCUUCAUGAGACAGCUGGCUGAGUACGAAGGCAUCCUGGACGCCAGUAAGCAACGUCACAACAAGCUGUGGCGUCCCGACCGUCCCGACCCAGACUGCGACCUCCCUGAGGGCCAGCAGGCCCAGUGCUGUGGGAGGGAGGACCCAGGUAAUCAAACCCCUGAACCGGUGAUGUCCCCCUGCUGUGAGGAGGCUCUGGGGGAGAAGGGGGCGGCACGUCCCCUCUCCCCCUGCAGGAUGGUCAGUCUGGAAGUGGACCCCGCCUACAACAACUACUACUUUCGCAGGCUGUCUGACUCGGCCCUGGACAGUGACCCCUCCACGCCGGUGCGCGCUCCGCCCCUCCUGGACAUGGAGCGAGUCUUCAUAGAGAUAGAGGACGUGGAGCGGGACGCCCUGCUGGAUGACGAGGCCUUUGGUGGGCGAGAAGGCCUUACCCACUUUGGUCAGGCUGGGGAGGGGACAGCGGCCCAGACUUGCUGCCGAGGACCAGAGCCCCUGGAGGAGCUGCGCCUACGUCUGGAGUUCAGCACCGUGGAGGAGGAGGACGAGGAGGAGGCGCAGAAAGAGGAGGCAGAGAUGGAGGCACUAGCACAGCCAGGAGGAAGAGGGGAGAGUGCAGGACGAGGGGAUGGUGAAGGAGAGGUGGAGAUGGUUCAGGAAGAGGAGGGAGAGAAGGAAGGCAAUGGGCUGGACCUGGUAACCCUGAACCAGAACUCCAACAAUAACAACCACUUUAAUACCCUGUUCAGCCUCAAUGACACUGCUCCUUCCAAACCUGCUCACCCAGUCAAGCCUUCAGGCCUCUCUCGAUCAGACGACAAGCCCAGCCAUGGAGUGGAGAUACUGACCCAGGACGCCGAUCUCUGCCUUAGCACACUGGGGAGAGGUGUGGGGUUAAGUGUCUCUGUGGAGGUCCCCAGUCCCACGCUCCCACUCACCUCCCCCGACACACCCUGUUCCCCCAGCCUGCUACACCCCUGUAGCCUGCUGUGUGACUGUGCCAACUGUGUUGCCCCGCCCUCUACACUUCUACCUGAUGCCAAGAACUCCACUUACUCGGGUGAGUCUGAGGGUGAGGAAGGGAAGCUUUUAGGGGUCUCUGAGGCUGUCCCAGAGCUGCUGAGCCUGGAGAAGGAGAGGCCGGCGGUGGCCUGCUGCGUAGCCCAGCAGCAGGAGACUCUAGUGCAGCUACAGAGGUCAGGGCUGGUCCGCCGGAGGGCAGAGAGGCUGGAGAGGCUGUCAGGUCUGUCCCUAGAGGGGCUUCAUCCCCUUGAGCUUCCAGAAACCCCCAGCUCAGGGGCCAGAGAGGGCACCAGUCCUGUGGAGGGGAAGUUCUCAGCUUUCCCAGGAGACCCCAAGUCCUCCACACCAUGCCCAGUACGCCUAGAGCCGCUGGUGGUUCCUCUGCCUAACGAGACCCUGCUGGGGGCAGUGGGAUCUGGGGUGCUGACGCCCACCUCCUCCCCCCACGGCUCCACACUGACACGUAGCUCUAGCAGUGACAGCAUCCGCAGUGUGAGGGGCAAACCCGGCCUGGUGCGCCAGAGGGCUCAGGAGAUCGAGACUCGCAUGCGGCUGGCCGGCCUCACCGUGCCCUCAAGCCUCAAACGCUCUAACUCACUGGCCAAGCUGGGCAGCCUCAACUUUUCCUCUGAAGACCUGUGCUCCGUCUGCUCCUCGGACGCUGGCACCCUCCUGCUCCGCUCUCUUUCCCCAGAGCCAGGCCGAGAAUGGGAGUGCCCCACCACCUCCACCUCUUCCUCUACCUCCACCUUCACCUCCACUCAUCCCAGAGCACAGAGGGACCAGACCAGCCCAGAGAGAGCACUGCCCGGGGGGGCCAGGAGCUGACAGGAAGGAUGGAGGGACACUCCUCCACCCAUCCCUCCAUCCCCCACUCUGAGCUGGAGAGGGUAACAGAUUUUGGAGAGGGAUAGUCUUUAAAAAAAAAAAAGUGUGUAUAUAUAGAAUUAUACAUAUAUAAAUAAACAUUUAAAUAAUAUAUAUUAAUAUAAAUCCACAUCAUAUUGAAGAAAAAAGAAACAAUCCAAAUAUUAUACCAUAAUCCAGAUGGUAUUUUGGUUAGACUGUUUUUGCAUGGAGCUCAAUGAAUGUGUGUGCGAAGAUGAACCUCGUACAGAAGACCUGGUCUCCAUCAGGACUUAAAAAAAGCUAUUUUCAUUCCUGGUCCUCUGCCUUUCUAGCUUUCCAGAGAUCAGAAUUACAGCUUCAUCAUUAUCAUCAUCAUCACCACCAUACUCCACAUUAUCAUCACCAUUCUAUAUAUACCCUGCCUUCCACAAGCAGUGGAGAUUACAUAGACUUUAUUAUUCAAUGUUCUGUUUGCUUUACCAUUGGUUAAUGGUACAAAUUGUGUUGAUUGGCUUAGUUGCUGUCUUAGAGUUGAUAAUCAGAUGAUAUUGAUUUUGCUCUCUCUCUCAUCAUCUGCUGAAGUUUCACCAUGUGCUGAAAACAAAGGGGGGGAAGAGGGUUUAGUUGUCCAUGCUGUAUUUAGCACUGCUCAUCUAUUUUAGCUUCAGUAAACAUUUUUACAGUAAGCAAUAUUACACUUACAGAGACCAUAAACAUGGCAUAACACAAAGCACUAUUCAUUUGAUGUGCAGUAUGUUGUUUGGAGGACAAUGGCUGUCAUGUGAUAGGUCAAAUGUGUGACAUCACAAUGGUCCUGGAGAGUUGGUAUGCUGAAACAUUUUCUUCCUCUUUUCACCGCUGUGUUACAGAUGAUCCAUUCCAGGUUGUCGGUUGUUUACUAACGAUGUGAUAUUAGAAAUGUGAUUGGGAUGAGCCAAAUAGAUGUCACAAAUCAUUUUUAAACAAUUCAGAUCCCAAAAUAAUAAAAAACAAAAAGACCAUAGCCCUCCCUGCAAGUACUGCAGUAUGAUUCCACUUCUGUAACAAAAGUCAUUCCUCCUUCCGUCAUGCUAUAAUAUCCUCCAAGCUUCCAACCUUUACCUGUGGCAGAACGUCUACAUAUAAUUCCAGGAGUCUUCUGGGACCAUUCUACCUCUGACCCCACGGUGAUGUGGUGCUUUUCAUUUUGUUCAAGCAGUUCUACAGACCUGUUCCUGUCAGGUGAGAGGCUCACAUGCCGUAUCGGAUCUCUGCUGGCUGUAUGUUGAGUGCAGGGUAGUCCAUAGUUGUCUGGUUUAUAAUCUUAAAUCUGCUGAGCCUCCAAUGUCUGGACACUCAACAGCCAAACCUCACCUGAGAUUCAGCAACAGUACAGUGGGAAACAUAUGACAUAGCAAUGGGGCUGAGAAAGCCAUCUUGCAGCUCCUUUACUACCCUCCCUUCCCAUUAGCCUGUGUCUAGGCCUGGGUUUACCAGUGUUUUGUAGAGGUCCUUUCUGAGAUCGGAGUCCCCUAUCAGAACCCUCUUGCGAUUUUACUUUGCUUCUGGAUAACUGCUGGCUACGUUGAAUGCUAAUCUUAUUCAAACUGCUCUGGGUCAGUUUUGUAAGUUGAGCAUAGGGGCGGCAGGUAGCCUAGUGGUUAGAGCGUUGGACUAGUAACCGGAAGGUUGCAUCAUCGAAUCCCAGAGCUAACGAGGU